UUUGUGAUGACUGACUUUCUAAUGCCUUUGCAAAUUUCGUUAUCAAACAGUUUUGUGUGGAUCAAAUGAUGGUUGAUCUUACUGGCCACUGGUUUUCAAGGGAACGUUUUUCUAAUAAGAUAUACAAAUUAAAGAUAGGUUCUUGUCUUUUUCAGGCACACAAAACAAAACUUUCAGCUAAGAUGGGUUUUUUUAGUACCAUAGGUACUUGUUUUGGCUUUGGAAUUGGAACUUCAAUUGGUGUGGUCAUUGGAUACUAUGUGUUUAUAUACUUUCAGCCAACACAUGUCAAGGAUCCCAUAAUUCGUCCUUUGGCCGAGCAAGAUGCCAAAACUCUGCAACAAAUGCUUCCAGAGAUACCAUUGUGGAUAAAGAAUCCAGAUUUUGAUCGUCUUGACUGGCUCAAUAGAUUUGUUGAGCAUUUGUGGCCUUAUCUAGACAAGGCAAUUUGCAAGACUGCAAGGACUAUAGCAAAGCCCAUUAUUGCUGAGCAAAUUCCCAAGUACAAGAUUGAUUCAGUAGAAUUCGAAACGCUUACCUUGGGUUCUCUACCUCCAACUUUUCAAGGAAUGAAAGUCUACAAUACUGAUGAAAAGGAGUUAAUUAUGGAACCAUCAGUAAAAUGGGCUGGGAAUCCUAACAUUAUAGUUGCAAUCAAAGCAUUCGGCUUGCGAGCCACAGUUCAGGUUGUUGAUCUGCAAGUAUUUGCCUCUCCACGAAUUACAUUGAAGCCUUUAGUCCCAAGUUUUCCUUGCUUUGCAAAUAUUUAUGUGUCGCUCAUGGAGAAGCCACAUGUUGACUUUGGAUUAAAACUUCUUGGAGCUGAUGUCAUGUCUAUUCCUGGUGUUUAUAGGCUUGUCCAGGAAAUCAUCAAAGAACAGGUUGCAAAAAUGUACUUAUGGCCUAAGGCCCUUGAGGUGCAGAUAAUGGAUCCAACAAAGGCCAUGAAAGUACCUGUAGGAAUCCUCCAUGUGAAGGUUCUUAGAGCAACAAAUCUCAAGAAGAAAGAUCUACUCGGAGGAGCAGACCCGUACGUGAAGCUUAAACUCUCUGAAGACAAACUUCCUUCAAAGAAAACUACUGUGAAAUAUAAGAAAUUGAAUCCAGAAUGGAAUGAGGAAUUCAAUAUGGUUGUCAAAGAUCCGGAAUCUCAAUUCUUGGAACUUAGUGUUUAUGAUUGGGAGCAGAUUGGGAAGCAUGACAAGAUGGGAAUGAAUGUGAUUCAAUUGAAAGAGCUUACAGCGGACGAAGCGAAAGAGCUGACUCUUGAUUUACACAAGACUAUGGAGCCUAAUGAUCCAGAAAAUGAGAAGUCAAGGGGAGAGAUCACAGUACAAGUUCUGUAUAAGCCUUUUAAAGAUGAUGAGUUGGCUCAGAAUUCAGAGGACCCUAAUGCAAUAGAAAAGGCUCCUGAAGGAACACCUGCCACUGGUGGUUUGCUUGUUAUUAUCAUCCAUGAAGCUGAAGAUGUUGAAGGGAAACACCACACAAAUCCAUAUGCAAGACUCAUUUUCAAAGGAGAGGAGAGGAAAACCAAGCAUGUGAAGAAAAAUAGAGAUCCAAGAUGGAAUGAAACAUUUCAAUUUACACUGGAGGAACCUCCCACCAAUGAGAGGCUAUAUGUUGAAGUGCUUAGUGCCUCCUCUAAACUAGGCCUGCUUCAUCCCAAGGAAACCUUGGGUUAUGUGGAUAUAAAUCUAUCUGAUGCUGUUAGCAACAAAAGAAUCAACGAGAAAUAUCAUCUCAUUGACUCAAGAAAUGGAAAGAUUCAAAUUGAGCUUCAGUGGAGAACUCCUUGAUCAUCAUACCGUGUUUAUAAUUUUGUAAAGAAAAUUUGGAGCAUUUUCUUGAAUACAUUAAACAAACAACUUCAAUAAGUACCUUAGGAGUUACUCUUCAUAGAAUGUUUUGUGAAUUACUAAUUAGCAACACGUGGUUAUGAGACAUUCAAAUUCCUUUUAAUUUAAUGCAGAAAACGAAUAUGUUCUGCAGCAA